GAGGUCGCUGUAUUCGUCGACCUUGCUUUGACUUUGUCGAGUCGAAGUGUAAAGACGGUAACAGAUACUCGACAGUGAUCAAAAAUUUGACCAGUAGUUGGAACAUUAGACAAAGUACAUCCAAGUUGAGGAACAGUAGUAACACAUUUGCUGUUGUACGUGAUAUAACAUCAAGUUCAAGCCAUUCAAACAUUGAAGCUAUGGCACUGAAUAAGCUUAGCAUCGAUAAAGUCGAUCUUGCGGAUAAACGAAUUCUCAUACGCGUUGAUUUCAAUGUACCAUUGAAGGAUGGUAAAAUUACCAAUAACCAAAGAAUCGUUGCUGCUUUGGAUACAGUCAAAUAUGCUCUUGAAAAGAAGGCUAAAUCUGUUGUUUUAAUGUCACAUUUGGGACGUCCAGAUGGUCAACCGAAUCCAAAGUAUACUUUGAAACCUGUUGCGGAAGAGUUAAAAUCCCUGCUUGGAAAGGACAUUUUAUUCUUGAAUGAUUGUAUUGGACCAGAGGUUGAAGCUGCGUGUUCUAAUCCAGUACCUGGAACAAUUAUUUUACUUGAAAAUUUAAGAUUUCACAUAGAGGAAGAAGGUAAAGGAAUUGGAGCAGAUGGAAAUAAAGUAAAAGCUGAUAAGGAAAAAGUAGAGGAAUUUAGGAAAGCAUUAAGGAAAUUAGGAGAUAUUUAUAUUAAUGAUGCUUUCGGUACAGCUCAUCGUGCACACAGCUCCAUGCUUGGUGAAGGAUAUGAAGUAAGAGCAAGUGGUUUUCUUUUGAAAAAGGAAUUAGAAUAUUUUGCCAAAGCAUUGGACAAUCCUGAAAGACCAUUUUUGGCAAUAUUAGGCGGUGCCAAAGUUGCAGAUAAAAUACAGUUGAUCAAUAACUUGCUGGAUAAAGUUAAUGAGAUGAUCAUAGGCGGUGGAAUGGCUUAUACCUUUUUAAAAGUAUCGAAAAACAUGAAGAUCGGUAAUUCGUUGUUUGACGAAGAAGGUGCAAAAAUCGUUAAUGACUUAUUAUCGAAAGCUGAGAAAAAUAAAGUUCAAAUACAUUUGCCCGUUGAUUUCGUCACUGCAGACAAAUUUGCGGACAAUGCAACCGUUGGCACAGCAGAUUUAGAAAGUGGUAUACCUGAUGGUUGGUUAGGACUUGACGUCGGAUCAAAAUCAAGGGAAUUAUUUAGCGAACCUAUUAAAAGAGCAAAAACAAUCGUGUGGAACGGACCAGCAGGUGUUUUUGAAUUUGAAAAUUUCAGUAAAGGUACCAAAAGUUUAAUGGACAAUGUCGUAGAAGCGACAACACGAGGUGCAAUUACCAUAAUUGGUGGUGGUGAUACAGCUACAUGCGCUGCUAAAUGGAAAACGGAAGAUAAAGUAAGCCAUGUGAGCACUGGUGGUGGUGCUAGCUUAGAACUUCUCGAGGGAAAAGUUUUACCGGGAGUCGCAGCUCUGUCUUCAUUAUAAUUUUGUAAUCUACUCGAUAUCAUUUACAUUUAAAGGUUUUAGUCAUCACUGAUACUUGAAAGAUGUUAAUUUUAUUUAUCUCGCUUACUAUCAAACUAGCAUUGAUGCACAAUAAAACAAAAUAAGGUGUUUAUAGUUUCUUAUAGAGUAUUUUCGUAGCCUAUGCCGUUACCUGUGUAAUUUAUGUUUAAAGAGAUGUCUAUAGUUAUCUUGUUUCCGUCUAUAAGAAACGUCGGCAGUUGAGAAUAAAAAGAAAACGUAAAAUAUAUUUAUAAUUAUAUGAAAACAGUUAUAUUGAGUAUAUCAAUCCGAUAUUAUUAAUCAUUAAUCAUUAAUCAUUAAUCAUUAAUCAUUUCCGUAUAACGAUCUCCUCAAAUGUAAUACACGAUGUUUAAUAAAAAUACUAUUAUCUCUAUAUUAAAUAGCUUGAUUGUAAAAAAGGAUAAUAACAUACUACACAA